AUGAAUAAUUAUACUAUUAAGCAUCCUACUUCUAUCGGUAGAGACUAUAUGGUUGAAAAGUUCAAUCAAGUGUUCAACAUGAAUAGAACUUAUGUUUUCUUCAAAAACAAGCAUGAUGAAUUAAAAAAGAGUUACAAGGGAUGGAAGUUUCUUACGCAUAAAACUGGCAUCUCUGUUGAUCCUAAGACAUCAAUGAUAUUUGCAUAUGACGUAUGGUGGAGAGAACGAGAGUUUGUAGGCGUGGAAGUAGUUCACAAAGAUCUGGGAGAAGCGCAUAAGUUUUUGUUGGAAGUGGUUCACGAGGAAAUCGUAGAAGACAAUCUUUUGAAACAACUAUACAAGACACUAUUGCUGGUUAUAGAGAAUUUCAACGACAAAGUUUUCAACAACUUCGUCCCGAUGCUUUUGACCAAGAUGAUUACAAUGAAUUUAAAAAGGCAGAAGCGAUAUUUGUUGCGCUAG